UUUAUUAACCCCCUCCAAAAAAAAAUAUACGUUUCAAAAUCGACGGCUGAUAGAUAUACUAAACAAGCGUUUCAUAUAGUUGACUGAUGACAAAAGUCUGCAACUGCGUUUCGAUAAAGCGGAUUGAUUCGCUUCUUCUCCCAACAUUCCUGAGAAACCAAGAAAAGCGAAUCUAGGGUUAAAGAUGGCGAUGAAGAAGGCUAAAGAGAUCGUUUCCAGCAAUGCCGUCGUUGUUUUCAGCAAGUCGUAUUGCCCAUACUGUGUGAAAGUGAAAGAUCUUUUGAAGAAACUGGGAGCUAGAUUCAUCGCAGUUGAGCUCGACAAAGAAAGUGAUGGUGCCCAAGUUCAAUCAGCUCUGGCAGAAUGGACAGGACAACGCACCGUUCCCAAUGUAUUCAUAGGUGAAAAACACAUCGGUGGCUGCGAUUCGGUAACCAACCUGCACAGAGGCGGUAAGUUGGUUCCUCUGUUAACUGUGUCCAAACCAAGUUCAAAAAUCCGGUCCAGUAUCACAAAAGCCCGACAAGGAGAUAAUAUGCCCACGGAAGUUGAGGGUCCGUCCCGAGCUAGGAAGACAAGCCACACUGAACUGACAUGGUCAAAGCAAAAACAGAAAGGAGGUCGGAACAUUAAAUAUGAUUUUAAAGACACUUGAUACUUGCCAAAGAUCACGUCACCAUUAUGAUCCGCUCCUCAACAUCCAUAAAAGAAGGACCAUGGAGAAAGAGAGGGAGAUCCGAAUUUCUUCAUAUCAAACCUAUAGUCUAAAUACUUUUGUACUCUCUUAUUCUCUGAUACCCCAGAGUCACCAUUGUUGUAUCACUUGUGUGAGAAAAGAAAUUAAAAAAAUAAAUGUUUAAAAUUGUUUGUUUUAGAAAUU